AUGAACCUCAACUGUUCCUUGUGGCAGGAAAACAAUAUGUCUGUCAAACGCUUCGCUUUUGCAAAGUUCUCUGAGGUCACUGAACAGUGCUUCCUCCUGUUUACCCUCAUCCUACUCAUGUUCUUAGCAUCUCUGACAGGAAAUGUUCUCAUAGCUCUCGCCAUCUGGACCAACCCAGUACUGCACACUCCCAUGUACUUCUUCCUGGCCAACUUGUCUCUCUUGGAGAUUGGCUACACUUGUUCUGUCAUACCCAAGAUGCUACAGAGUCUUGUGAGUGAGGCUCGCAGUAUAUCCCGGGAAGGUUGUGCCACACAGAUGUUUUUCUUCACAUUAUUCGCUAUUAGUGAAUGUUGUCUUUUGGCAGCCAUGGCUUUUGACCGUUACAUGGCCAUAUGUUCUCCACUCCACUAUGCAACACGAAUGAGUCGUGGGGUGUGUGCUUAUUUAGCGAUGGUUUCGUGGGCAGUGGGGUGUAUAGUAGGUCUGGGCCAGACAAAUUAUCUUUUUUCCUUAAACUUCUGUGGCCCCUGUGAGAUAGAUCACUUCUUCUGUGACCUUCCACCCAUCUUGGCACUUGCUUGUGGGGAUACAUCUCAUAAUGAGGCUGCAGUCUUUGUUGUGGCUGUCCUUUGUAUUUCCAGUCCAUUUUUACUAAUCAUUGCUUCCUACGGUAGAAUUCUAGCUGCUGUACUGGUUAUGCCCUCACCUGAAGGUCGCCAUAAAGCUCUUUCAACUUGUUCUUCCCACCUACUGGUAGUAACAUUAUUUUAUGGUUCAGGAUCCAUCACCUACCUGAGGCCCAAAGCCAGUCAUUCUCCAGGAAUGGACAAACUCUUGGCCCUUUUCUAUACGGUGGUGACAUCCAUGCUAAACCCUAUCAUCUAUAGUUUAAGAAACAAAGAAGUCAAGGCAGCUCUCCGUAGAACUCUGGGCAAGAAAAAAGUAUUGACAAAUGCAUAA